AUAUUUAACACGAGAGAGAAAGAGUGUGGGUGUGCAUCAUUGCACACAUGACGUGGCUGAAUAAAUAAAGUUUCUGUGGAGUAUCCAGAGGAAAGGGAUACUUAAAUAUAUAUGGGGAAGCAAGAGAGGGAGUGCCUUCGUACUCGUAUUAGUUGAGGUGUGCGGAGAGAAUAUUCGUGCAUGUCGUUUAAACUGUGUGGAAGGUUUAAUUAAGUGAAACAGUGGCAGCAGGUCCGUGAAAUAGUAGCAUCAUGACAGAUUUAAGUUUCUGUGGUAGAGCAUAUGCCAAGAUUAUUUUACAUGCAGCCAAGUAUCCACAUUGUGCUAUCAACGGCUUGCUACUGGGAAAACAGAAAGGCAAUGAGUUGCAGAUUGUUGAUGCAGUGCCAUUAUUCCACAUCUGUCUGCAUGUGUCUCCCAUGUCUGAAAUCGCUCUGACAACAGUGGAACAAAUGGCCAAUUCCAAGGGCUUGGUAAUCGCAGGUUAUUACUUGGCCAAUGAAAAUAUCAAUGAUGUUAGCAUUGACAAACCUUCUCACAGAGGCAUAUCAGAGAAGAUUGCUGAAAAUUUUAACAAUGCCGUUAUAGCUGUCGUUGACAAUAAAGACAUGACUAUUGGCAUGAAUGUCAAUCCUUUGAGAAUUUCGCAGUAUUCAGAUGGCAAGUGGAAAUUUAAAGACAAGUCUAGCAUAAAAUACGAGGGUGGAGCUGGUCUCUUGGAAGCCAUGUAUUAUCUAAUGAAAAACGAGGAAUACAGAAAUCUAGUCGAUUUUGACAAUCAUCUUGAUAACAUAAGCUUAGAUUGGAGGAAUCUGCUGUUGAACGACGUGAUAGACGACGCACUCAAGAAUCAUAGAUAGUUUUUAUUCGCCAAAUAAUUGAAUAUUCAUUGAAAUUUUUUUUUUCACCCACGCGCACUAAAAUGAAAUAAUAAUGAUGAAUUUUUAAUCGUUGUAGAAUGAUUACUUUGGAACAUGAUUUUAGAGAUUUGUUAUGGAUUUAGGUUUAAUACA